AAGUGCCUUUAGAACAGCAUAAGAAUGGAUCAAUCUUAGCAGAAACCUGCAGCGUCUGCUUUUAUUUUGCCAGUGAACUUUAAGAGCAACACAUUUACUUUAAAAACAGACUGACACGUUACAGCAAGAGGAGAACAUGGGGACAGAUUUACCUUACAACUUUGUCUUCAAAGUGGUCUUAAUUGGAGAAUCAGGGGUGGGAAAGAGCAACUUGCUGUCAAGAUUUACUAAAAAUGAAUUCAAUCAUGACAGCCGCACAACUAUUGGGGUGGAAUUCAGCACUCGGUCCAUUCAAGUGGAUAAUAUAACCAUCAAGGCCCAGAUCUGGGACACGGCUGGUCUAGAGCGCUACAGGGCCAUUACCUCAGCGUAUUAUAGGGGAGCAGUUGGUGCCCUGCUUGUUUAUGACGUCACCAAACACCUAACUUAUGAAAAUGUUGAGCGAUGGCUAAAAGAACUCUAUGACCAUGCAGAUCCUCAUAUUGUGGUCAUGCUUGUGGGAAAUAAAAGUGACCUGGAGGCUCUGCGCACUGUACCAAGAGAGGAGGCCAAGGACUUUGCAGAGAACAGAGACUUACUUUUCAUGGAGACGUCGGCACUGGAGUCAACUAAUGUUGAAUCUGCCUUCCUUGAAAUUCUAACAGCAAUCCAUAAUAAGGUUGCAAGUCGAGAGGUGACUCGAGGCUCUAUAAGUGCUGUGACUCUGGGUCACAGCGGCCCCAUCAAUGAGUUUCAAGAGGAGAAAAAGACCUGCUGUUAGAACUCAUGAACACAUGAAUGAACAUCUAUGCGGUCACUAAACCAUCAACAGCAGAACAAAGACAUUAACCUUUUACAUGAUUCACGUCUCAUACCUGCACUGAUGCAUUUCUUCAGACUUGACCCUCAUUGGAUGUCAUAUCAGUGACAGUGAGAGAAAGGGGGAGGGGUCAAAUGUUUAGAGUUAUUUUUAUGUGGCUUGUUUUUACUUUUAGAAGAUGUAAGCAAUUGGCACUUAUGAUGUGAUUUUAGACUGUUGUUAAUUAUGCUUAGACUGUACAAAGAUAUUUCGUUUUUGGUUAAGAACUACCAAGGUGUUGUGUUUACUGCAAAAUAAAAUUAUUUAUUUGGUAUUCAAAUUAACAAAAAUCUUUUUGCUCCUAUUAAAAUGUAUUUCUUAAAAUUUUUCUUCUGCUGAACACAAACAAAGAUUUUUGAAAGAAUAUCUCAGCCCUGUAGGUCCAUUUGUGGUCCAUUAUUGAUCUGUUUAUCACCCACACUUAUCAUAUCGCUUCAUAUAUAAACCACUGGAGUCUUAUGGAUUACUUUUAUGCUGCCUACAUGUGCUUUUUGGAACUUCAAAUUUCUGGCCACCAUUCUUUUGCAUUGUAAGGACCUACAGAGCUGAGAUUUUCUUCUAAAAAUCUUCAUUUGUGUUCAGAAGAAGUAAGAAAUACACAUCUGGGAUGGCGAGUAUAUGAUGAGAGAAUUUUCAUUUUUGGGUGAACUAUCCCUUUAAAGCUUUAACUAUAAAUGUAAGCACUUUUGUUCUGAAUUGAUAUCUAAGGUAUCCUCAAAUAUGUAACAUGGUUUUAAACAGUAAAGAAUUUCAUUAUGUGAGACACUACCUAAAAUUA